AUGAGGCUUCUCGUGGCCUCAUUGCUCCUCCUGUCGGCGCUGCCCUCGAGCUGGGCCAAGAAACCGAACCCGGACGACCUGUACAUUCUGCUCGACGAGAUGAACAUGUUUUCCUGUCGGGGCGUGAAGAACGAGAUCAAGAUGACCGAGGAGGACGUGAACAUCAUCAACGAGAAGGGGAACCGCGUCUACUACAUCAAGGCGCCCGGCAAUUACUCGCUGCACUUCAAGAAGAUCAAUGUUUUGAACGAUUUCGGCUACCUGACCGGAGAGAUUGGCGUCACGUUGCAGGUCCCGAUUCUGGAAGGCCCUGCGGGUAAGACUAUAGGGUUUUGAGAGUCUUGCUAAGGAAGUUUUUUUUCUUUGUCCGUCUUCUCAUUUUUGAUGAUACGCUUUUUCAAAAGUGCGUCUUUGUCGUGGCGCACAGUGCAUUUGCCUCUUUUUGCACGGUGCGUUCCUUUUCAAGUCAUCUUGCACUGUGCGUUUUCCGUUCUUUCGCACUGUGCAAGGCCUUUUCGAAUCACUUUGCACUGCGCAGUUUGCCCCUUUUUCGCACCGUGCAAACCCUUUUUGGGUCAUUUUGCACUGUGCAAUUUCUCUCUUUUUGCACCUUGCAAGCCCUUUUCGAAUCAUUUUGCACAGUGCGUUUCGCCUUUUUUUGCACUGUGCACUGUCGUUUGCACCUUUUCGAACAUUUUGCACUGUGCGUUUCUCCUUUUUUUUGCAUGGUGCUUUUCGAAAUUUUUGCGCUGUGCAUUUUGCCUCUUUUUCGCACCGUGCAAGCUCUUUUCGAAUCAUUUUGCACUGUGGUUUUGCGUUUUUUUCGCACGGUGCGCUGUCGUUCGCACUUUUUCGAAUGAUUUUGCACUGUGCAAUUUGUCUCUUUUUGCACCGUGCAAGCCCUUUCCGAAUCAUUUUGCACUGUGCAGUUUGUCUUUUUUUGCACCGUGCAAGCAUCUUUUUGCACAGUGCGCUCCUUUUCAAGCCAUUUUGCACUGUGCAGUUUGUAUUUUUUCGCACCGUGCAAGGCCUUUUCGAAUUAUUUCGCACAGUGCGUUUUUCCUUUUUUUCGCACGGUGCAAGCCCUUUUCGGACAUUUUGCACUGUUCAUUUUGACCCAUCGCGCGAAAUGGCUUCCGAAAAAGGCACUUGUCGCGCGCGAUGUCGAUUGCACAGUGCAAACACUAAAAUGCACAGUGCAAAAUGAACUUUUGUUUUCGCACGGUGCGGCUCCUCAACAAAGUGCAGUAACCUCUCGCUGCAAAGAUCGUUGAAUAUCUCGGCCGCCGCUGCGAAUAUCAAGCCAAAAUUUUCUGCAAUAGAUGCUUUGUCUAUGUAAAAUAUGUAUGCAAAAUUUGAUGAAGAUCGCCCAUAAGGUACCUUUGCUAUGAACAUAACUUUUGCAAUGAUUUUUUAAACAUUUUUGAUGACAAAAAACUUUUUUGAUGACUAAAAUCAUGUCUUAUCUUACGCGUAAGGCCUGAAAAUGGGCUCUAAAAGUCUUUGUUGAGAUCUGCAUGUUGUCUGCAAACGAUCAAGGCUAUCAAAAGAUCAAGAAAAUAACAUUAUCGGGGGGUUUUCAACUUGUUGCGUCAAGCGCGAUUCUCGCGAGAGGGCAAUCCGUCUUUUAUCCAGAGAAUUGUCGCAAUAUCCGUUCUUCGCGAUGUCAUCCCGAAAGGGCAUUGGAUAACAGGUCAAGACGUGGUUUUAAUCAAAAAAAUAAAGUUUAUAAACAUUAGAUCCAAAAAAAUGAAAAAAUAAAACAAAAUUUUGCAAAAAAUCUUAAUUUUUUUGCCAUUUUUACGCUAAAAAUUAAAAAAUUGUUUGGGGAUUGUAAUAGAAUUUAGUGUAAAAUGAUUUUUUUAUACCCAGAGUGUCAAACAUAGCAAAAAAGUUUUGUUUCUCUAACCCUCUCCUGAUUUUCCAUAGUCUUACAAAAAUUGUUGAAUAUCUCGGCUACUACUGCAAACUUUUGGCUGAAAUUUUGCGGCAUUGAUUUACAUCUCAUACAGAUUGUUAAUGCAAAAUUUGAUGAAAAUCCGAUCUCUGUGACUUUGAGAAUUUCCAUUUUUCUGAAAAUUCUAGCUGAAAAUUACGAUUACGUAUUUUACAAUAUUCAAAAGCCAGAAUUUUUGAAUUUCUUUUGUCCAUAGCAUCAGAAGUCUCUAAUUUUUCAAAUUUCAUAAUGAGGAUUUUUCAACUUCAUUCUGUUUUUGCAGGCAUCCGCUUCGACGUGCCUUACACGAUGAUCCCGGAGACGGGGCUGUUGAAUCAGCAGUGCGAUGAAUUCAGUGGGAUUGUGGAGCGUGACAAGAGACAAUACUGGUCAGUCGUUUUGCUCUUUCCACUCUGGUUUUUCCAGACAGCCGAUUGCGAAACUUUUGAAUACAAGUUUUCGUUGCGAGAGUCGAAAAUUUCCAGUUUUUUCGGGAAAAAAGUCGCAAAAACAAUAUCAGUCGGACUAGAGUGAUGUUAUAAUUUUAAUGCAGUAGAAAAAAGAACCGUAUUUUACCCAAAAAAGUGAGAAUUGCUCCAUUUCAGCCGCUACUGCGAGCUCUGCGGCCUCAGCGAGAAGAUUGAGCAGGGCCUGAACCAAGGGGAACAUAAAUUCCUGCCAGAAGUCGCCAAAGGCGAAGAAGACGCGUUCUCCCCGAAAUGCGGCAAGAUUGGAGCCAAGGCCUAUGAGUUCAAGAGGACGAUUAACUUGCCCGGAAGGAAGGAAUUGGAGAGCAAGAUCAAGCAGAAAAUCAACGGGGUUGAUGAGGAAAUCCGCAAAAGGUUGAACAAAGGAGUAAGAUAAUGCGAAAGUAGUUUUGCACAGUCCUUCAAGACUCUAUAGAGAUUAAGGGGCUUUGGUAGUUCAGCCCCCCACGAAAGGUAGUUCAAACCCCCAAUGUUUUGUCCAUUUCACACCCCCCAUAAUUAAAAAAUUAGAAUAAUACAAAAAAUGCAAAUUAGAGUGAAAUGACCCCCGGCGUUUUAGCUCAAACCCCCAGUUACCGUCCAAGUUCGUUCUUGUGGUUCAGGCAGCGAUGAUUGUAGCCGAGAGAACCCAAUCCCGAGUAGGCGGUUCAGAUUGGAUGAGGGGGUUUAUACUGGGUCAAGGGGGGCUGAACUGGACUGGGGGGUUGUACUACCUUAGCCCCGAGAUUAAUUAUGCCAAGUUUAAAAGAAUGAUCUUGUCCGGGCGACAUUUUAUACGCGAAACUUUCAGCGCGGCCGUUUCCAAGUGUUCCUCAACUUGAUCAGCGCCGAACAGCCCGCCAUCAGUCAGAAGGCGUGGUUCGAGGGAUCGGAGCAGGUAAGAGUACCCCUAGCUUUCUUACAAACACCGUGAUUCUCCAUUUUGCUCUACCGACCUAUUCGUUUUUGCCAAUUAUAUUAUCCAUCGUCUACUUUAAUGUUCCAGUGUCGUUGCUGCAGUCCCCAGCCCGAUUCCUCAUGCCGGAACGCCUUCAACUUCCUCUACUGUAACGCCGAAGACUGUAAGAGUGCGUGGGCGCAGCAAUGUUUGCAUAAUUCGGCCAAAAUUGUGGCCUGUUACACGGUGGAGUUCAAUUAUCGGAUGACCACGAGUUACGACGAUGUUCUAGAAUUUUUGAGGGAAAACAACUACCCAAAUCAAGAUGUGGUCACCGAAGGACCUCCGACGUAAGUUUGGAGACUUUUUUGAUGGUUUCUUGGUGUUUUAGAGAAUUGCUGCAGAAUGCCAAAAAUUCAAGUUUUCGUGGUGAAACCAAAAAUUCAAAUAAUAAUGCUAAAAAUUUUAUGUCUAAUAAUUUGUACUACCAUUUAAUGUUGUUUUUGCGAUUUACUGGUGAUUUAGAGGCUUGUUGCAGAAUGCCAAAAAUUCAAGUUUUCGUGGGGAAACCAAAAAUUCAGCAAAUAGAAUGCGAAAAUUUAUCAUUCAUGGAUUUUACCGCUAUAUGAUCUUCUUUUGGUAAUUUCUCAGUGUUUUAGAAGGUUGUUGCAGAAUGCCAAAAAUUCAAGCUUUCGUGGUGAGACAAAAAUUCAACUAACAAUGCUAAAAAUUUUAUGGCUAAUAAGUUUUAGUACCAUUUAACGUUGUUUUGGCAAUUUACUGGUGAUUUAGAGGCUUGUUGCGGAAUGCCAAAAGGUCAAUUUUUUCGUGGGGAGACCAAAAAUUAAGCAAACAAUGUAUAAAAAUUUAUGAAUUGGGCUGUUAUAUAAGCAAUCUGAAUACCGGAUAUUUGUGGAAAUCUCCUUUCCGAGCGGAUUUCCGUUUCCGGAUUAAUAUUCUCCCAGAAAAGUGUGAACCAUAAUGCCGUCUUUACACUCAAAUUAAUUUUUGUUAUGACUUAUUUUCCUGUUUCAUCACACGCUAACGUUCAGUUCUAAUCCUUCAAAAAGCCGGGUAAAAUCAAAUGCUCUGUGAGAUUAACAAGAUAAAGCCAUUCACUUCAUGGGUUUGGCUAGGAUUAGUCGUAUUUGAAACGGUAAAGGACGCUAUUUUUUACUCGGAAUGAGGGUUGCAAUCCUUCAAGGUGAUAUCGAGACGAGUUGAAUGAGUUUUGGAGAAAUUUGGAAAAUUGAAUUUGGGUCCCACCACGAAAACUUGAAUUUGAAAAAAUCAGCGGUCUUUCGAUUUGAUAAUGAAGAUAGACACAGAUUGAUGUCAUUGACGUAUUUUACAAAAAGAUUUACAAUGUUUUACACAAAAAAAAUUAAAAGUGAGUCCCACCACGAAAACUUGAAUAUGAAGAAACCGGCAAUUUUUUGAUUGAGUGGUAAAGAUAGAUGCAUAUUGAUGGUGUUGACGUAUUUUACAAAAAGAUUUACAAUGUUUUACACAAAAACAGUAAAUUUGGGUCCCACCACGAAAACUUGACUUUGAAAAAAUCGGCAUUUUUUUUAAUUGGGUGAUAAAGAAAGAUUCAUCAAGAUGAAUUAAACGUAUUUUACAAAAAAAUGUGUAAUUUUUACUCCCAAAAAAUUAAAAUUGUGUCUCACCACGAAAAUAUGCCUUAAUUUUAGGAGAUUUUUCGCUUGAAAAGUUAUGAAUUUGCAGACGACAUGACGUAUUUUACAGACUUUUUGAGUUGCAUUUUCAAAAAAAAUUUAAGUUUUCAAAAAGAAAAAAAAAAUUAAAUUUUGGUCUCACCACGAAAACUUGAAUUUCCGAAUUUCUGCUUUUUUCGACCAAAAUUCCAAGCAAUGAUCGUAAAUAUUUAUGUAUUUUACAAUCAAAUAUUUUUUCGUACAGAGUGUGGAUGCAAACUUUCAAAUCUGAAAUUUAAAAGAAAAAGUUAAAUUUUGGUCUCACCACGAAAACUUGAAUUUUCGAAUUUCUGCUUUUUUCGUCCAAAAUUCCAAGCAAUGAUCGUAAAUAUUUAUGCAUUUAUGUAUCAAUUAAUCAAAUAAUUUUCCAGGACAAAAGCGCCGGCCGUGAAGCAACAAGACGGCCCGACUCCGCAACGCUGCGUCUCCCAAAUGGCGCAACGUCUGACGCAUCUGCGGAGGUACUGUACGAUCUUCUGGAACGAGAAGCUGUGUUGUCCCCAUUGCGAGGGAGUUUGUUAA